AAUGAAAAGAUUUGUUCGACCCGCCCCUGCUCUGCUUUGCUGCUGCUGCUCUUUACAGCCACCAUCCAGAAAUGGUGUAGAAUAUCAGGAAAAACAGCGAGGGAGAGGGCCAUAGAGAGGAGCGAGUCUACACGGCUUACGACAACGGCACAGGAGAGCCAUUCAGAAAAGCCGGGGGUCAAAGGUGAGAAGAGCAGAGGGCACCAUGAGUGAGCCGGGGGGCCCUGCCUCCACGGCCAGCAAUACUGGGACCAGCACCUCCUCCACCACCACCAGCGCCUCCAGCACCACAGCUGCCAGCAGCAGUAGUACCUCUAACACUACUACUACUACUACUCCUGCUACUACUUCUACUAGUAGUAGCAGCAGUAGUAUUAACACUAGUAGUAGUUCCAGUAGUAGUACUACAACAGGAAGACAGGCAGUGCCUCAGAUAUCUGUUUACAGUGGGAUACCUGAUCGACAAACUGUGCAGGUAUUCCAGCAAGCGUUACAUAGACAGCCUAACACAGCGGCACAGUACCUGCAGCAGAUGUACGCUGCUCAGCAGCAGCAUCUGAUGUUACAAACUGCUGCCCUCCAGCAGCACAACCUCAGCACCGCUCAGCUUCAGAGCUUGGCUGCUGUACAGCAGGCCAGUAUUGCAGCUGGUCGGCAAAGCUCUUCACAGAACGGCACUUCAUCUCAGCAAACUGGAUCCACUCAGGCUACAAUCAAUCUGACCACCUCCCCAGCAGCAGCUCAGCUGAUCAGCCGGGCUCAGAGCAUUAGUUCCACCCCCACCAGUAUUUCCCAGCAGGCUGUUCUUCUGGGCAGCCCAUCUAGCCCCACUCUCACGGCCAGCCAGGCACAGAUGUACCUGCGCGCACAGAUGGCCCAGCAGAGUAACCUGGUACAAGUGGCCAGAAGCCUGGGAAGAGCCGUUCCUCUGUCCCCACAGCUCAUCUUCACUCCGACAGCUACAGUGACGGCUGUCCAGUCAGAGAGCUCCACGCAGGCCUCCUCACAGAAUCAGGUACAGAAUCUGGCCAUCCGUGGCCAGCAGGGGGCGACCACGUCCUCCUCUCAGACUCAAACUCUGCAGGCUCUGAGCCUGAAGCAGAGCCCUGUGCCCAUCCAGCCUGCCUCACUGAUCAAGAAUCCCAGUCAGGGGACCCAAGCCUCUGCGGGAGGGAAGGCCAGCUCCUCCGACAGCUCCUCUGAAGUAGGGAAGAAGGGGGACAGCGCAGCAGUCACAGAAGUCCGAGCUAUUAACAUGAGCCGCAGUGUUACAGCUGUCAGUGCCCAGCCUCUGAUUGCUCCAGCGUACACCCAGAUCCAGCCCCACUCCCUGGUUCAGCAGCACAAGCAGCAGCAGCAGCAGCAGCAGCAACAGCAGCAGCAGCAGUUUGUGGUCCAUCAGAGCCAAAGUUCCCAAAGGACCCCGGGCCAGCUGCUGCAGACAGCAUCCAUUCAGCCAUCACAGCACCCCGUCCCCGUGUUGCCCAAACCUGCUCCACACCAACCCUCAACGCCUAGCCAACAGGCCACCAUCUUCCACUCCACCAUCAGCCCCCACGCACUCCACUCCUCCCUCAGUCAUGCCAAAGCCCAGCCCGUCCAGCUCACUGCCAUCAACCUACAAAUACAGCCAACAGCCUCUCGACUGGUUCAAGACAGUAAAGAUAAGCCAACCUCACUGGUGGUGAGAGAGACCUGUCCAACACCCGCCACACAGCAGCAGCAGCAGCAGCAACAACAACAGCAGCAGCAGCAGCAACCUGCGACAUCACCAUCACCAUCACAAUCUGCCAAGCCUGUAGAGCAGCCCAAGGUCGACCCAGCCACACCAGCUGUUCAGCCACAAGGAGGGGGCUCAACCAAGAGGCCGAGCGCUGCACCUGGGACACCACCUCCAGCCAUGACCUCAGGAAACGAGAGCGAGGCGCCCACGGUGACGGGCAGCACGCCUCAGAACGGAGAGAACAAACCGCCCCAGGCCAUCGUCAAGCCCCAGGUCCUCACACAUGUCAUCGAAGGCUUUGUCAUCCAGGAGGGAGCCGAACCGUUCCCAGUGUGUGUGGAGCGUCUGCCCAUUCUGAUCGACAGCCCGAAGAAGCUGGAUCAUCAGCUCUCGUCAGACCCUGACAAAACCCCCGUCAGCAACGCGGCGAACUCUGACUCUGAGCCUGAGGACAUGAACCAGCCAGAAAAAGAGCAAGAGCCCAAACUGACGUGUGAAUACUGCGGCUGGGUCGACUUCGCCUACACGUUCAAGGGCUCUAAAAGAUUCUGCUCCAUGGUUUGUGCAAAGAGGUACAACGUGGGCUGUACAAAGAGGAUAGGCCUUUUCCGUCCAGAGAGGAGUAAACCAACAAACCGCUGGCGUAGAAGAUCCCAGGGCCGCUCGAGUAUAGAGGCUAAGAAGCAGAAGCUGUCCCCCUCACCGCAGCAGCCUCAGGGGGGUUCUGUAUCCUCACCACAUCCGUCGCAGCCAAGUCAGGAGGAGUCCAGCCCGUGUUCGGACAUGUCCAGCUACGAGGAGCCGCCGUCUCCCCUGUCAGCCGCCAGCUCAGGACCCCUGGCUCCCGCCCCGGCCCCAGCUCAGGUCUCCGUCCACCGGCAGCCGAGCAGGGCCUCGGACCAGGAGGGCUGCGCCGGGAGAGACGCGUCUACGCUCUGUCAGCACUUCUUACCCAACGACCCCACCAAGUGGAAUGUUGAAGAGGUGUACGAGUUCAUCUGUUCACUGCCAGGUUGUCAGGAGAUAGCAGACGAGUUUCGCUCUCAGGAGAUCGAUGGACAAGCGUUGCUCCUGUUAAAGGAAGACCACCUCAUGAGCACCAUGAACAUUAAACUGGGACCUGCACUCAAGAUCUUUGCACGCAUCAACAUGCUCAAAGACUCUUAGCAGGAAAGUGCGUGUGUGUGUGGUCAUGCACACAUGCAUUGAUCUGAGUGCAUAUGUAUUUGUAUGUUUGUGUGUGUGUGUGUGUGUGUGUGUGUUUUUAAGCGUGUGACAGAGGAGCAGAGUGUAGAGCUUCGGCACAGGGCAGAGGAGGUGUCAUCGUAGCACUGACAACACAGUAUUGACUGCACUAUGGCUUCGCUUCUCCACACUACUGGACUGGCUGCUUUCUCUCACUCUAGCUGGACUCGGCCCCACAAACUACUCAUACCGACCGGCAUCAACUCAACAACCACGUGACCAUUCAAACUUUGUGGUCGUCUCAUCGAAACGGAGCGCUCGGAUCAUACUGACCCCACAGUGCGAAGAGGAAGUCUGUGUUUACAUGCACUCAAACCAGUUAAGCAGCUCUUAGACGGUGGACUGAAAUGAAAUGAUCCACAGCUGUGCCAAAUUCCAAAAUGUGGAUUCUGAUUAAACGAGUGGAUUUAUGUGGAAAAGACAAGGGAUUUAUGGAGCCCAUUUACAGGGUAUUAACAUGUGAUCUGUAUCUAGAUAUCUCAUUUAUAUCCAGUUAACGCAGGUGUAAAUGCACACAGUUGGAAUGGAUUUCAUUCAUGCUUUUUAUGCUUUUAUUAGCGAGGCGACAGUUGAGAGAUGACGGGAGCUGAUGUUGAUGUUGAGGUUCAUAGUUAGUACCUGGGACCUGCUCAGCAAACUGAAAGAUCACCUAACUCGGCCCGUCUCUGCUAUCUCAAGCUGCACGUCAAAAAAGCUACAAGUAGAAGGUCGAGCUGCUUUCCUUUACCUGUGACAGGCCGCGCUGCGCACCUAUUUUGCAUAUUGAGAUCCGAUAAGUGUAGGUAGAAUUGAGAUAACAAGCGCUUAUUAAUACCAUAUAUAGAUACAGAUUCCAUGAUAAUACCGGAUGUAAACGGAGUCUUGGAUUUGGCUUAUAGAAAAAUAAUCUGUAGAAGUUCAAAGGAAAACCGUGACAAAAACGGAGCUGAGAGAACAAGCAGUGUCAAAAGUGCACACUACCUGUUCAGUCGUGCCCCGUGUCGGGUCAUACCGCAACACAGUCGUAGCUGAAUCGAGGCAUUGAGACUAAACAUGAGUGAAGUCUAAAUUUAUUAUUUUUAUUAUAUGAUUAGAUAUGUUUUUUUUGUACAGUUUUGUUAGUUUGUGAAUGACAGAGAAAUGGCUGUAUGUGUGUGUGUGGCUGGGAACACAAGAUUGCAUUCAUUAAUUUGCUCAUUUUUAUUCAGUAGAUGCUCCUUUUGCCUUUUUUUUUUUUUUUUCUCACAA